AUGUUCAUUCUCUGUUUCUUUUCAUUUUCUCUCGCAAUCACAUCCUCCUUCACCCGUCCCACUAUCUCCAAGUCCACAACAACACUACUGUGCCGCCAAAAGGCACCAGUACAUCAACCUGUCUGCUUCGUACCACAAGCUGUGGCAAUAAGCAGCCCCAGCAGCCCCAGUACCCCACCCAGCAUGACCAGCGACAAGAUAAGGGUUACGAUUUCGCCGAUCGCUAUGGCCAACUGUCCAUCGCGGUUCCGCCGAUGUACCCACAGUCCGGCACCUAUCUCAGCAAUGCGCCUCCAGCCCUGCCACCCUCAAGUUCCUACUACGAGCCCAUGGGGAUUCAUUUGGUGGGCCGAUGAACCUGGCACCUUGUUUCCAGCACACAUGCAUACAACCGCGGAACCUAGUACUCGAAGGGACCACUUCGUAGUUGAUGGGCUUAUAUCUGGCGGCAUUGUGUUUGAGGGCGCCACCGCGUGGAAGUCCAGAGGUACUUCAUUGUUGACGGUCCCUCCUAGCGACUUUCCCGUCCACGGCAACGUCUUCAAUUCCUCGACGCCAAUUCUGCUCAAUCCUCGCUCCUCCUGUUUCAUCAUCCUCGCUGGCCCAUUACGCCAUCUUCUCCUCGUCAACGACGCAAUCUUCGAAGAAACGCGGACACCAGUGAUUGCCCUGCUCGACGUGCUCGACACGGCCGGCCAGGAGGAGUACUCGGCCAUGCGGGAGCAGUACAUGAGGACCAGCGAAGGCUUCCUGCUCGUGUACUCGAUAACUGACAGCUCGCUCUCUCUCUAUAUCUUUCCAUCACCAUCACUCUCCUUCCGCUACCCUGUUCUCGUCGGAUGCCGCUCGUCGUGUGCCCGGGCGUCGCUCGCCGUGUGCUGCGCUUCGCAGGCCUGUCAAUCUGACUUGCUGCAACCCGAGUGGACAAGUACCGCGAAAUACCAAUUCUCGAGAAGGAUUUUAUGGAAGAAAGUGUGGCCAGCAAUACCGACUCCACUAGCCGAUCCAGCAAGUCUUUCAAUAUCAUCGUCUGCCUCCGCUUUCGGUAUACAACAUGGACAUUUGCGCGACGAAGACGAAGCCGCGGAGCGGAAGACCGAGUUCAUGGAUACUCUCAAGAAAUGGCGGUGUAAGGACUGCAACGACAAUAACAGUCGCAAGACUUCAGGUCUCAUUGCCUGGGGACCGGUUGACGUCGAUACGUAUUACGCAGGCUCCCCAUGUGCCACCGUGGACGAAGACGACAAGGCAGCACCUCGUGAAACGGGGAACUCAGUUUCAUUCAGAGCUGCUUGGGAAUCAUGA